AUGGUCGAUUUUAUGGUCGGUUUUGACUACUUAUCAUCUUUGGAUGCUAUGUCGGGAUAUCACCAAAUCUCAAUUGACAAAUCAGAUGAAGAGAAGACCUCCUUUAUAACUGAAGAUGGAACAUAUUGCUACAAGGCUAUGCUUUUCAGGUUGAAAAACGCUAGGGCUACAUACCAGCAUCUGAUGAAUAAAAUCUUCAAAGACCAAAUAGGGAGAAAUGUAGAGGUGUACUUCAAUUACAUGAUGAUUGCCAAGAGGCCUUCAAAAGCCUUAAGGAGCAUCUCAGCUCCCCACAUGUACUCAGUAGUCCCUUGGCGGGGGGAAAAGCUGUUGAUCUACUUGGCUGCAUUAGAACAGGCAAUGAGUGCCUUGCUAGUAAGGGAAGAGGCAAGGAUCCAAAAAUCUGUCUUUUGGGUCAGCAAGGUACUUAAGGAUGCUGAGGUCAAAUAUAUGAAUAUAGAAAAGCUGGCAUUCACUUUGUUAUUGGCAAUGAGGAAAUUCAGGAUAUAUCUGAAAGACCACCAAGGAGUAGUGCUGACUGAUCAGCCUUUGAAAAAGAUCUUACACAGGCUUGAAAAUUCAAGGCAGAUGCUAGCAUGGUCAAUAGAAAUCAGCCUAUAUUGUCUCAUUUACCAACCUCGGACAGCAAUCAAGGCAUAG